AAAAAGGCAUCAAUUAAGAGAAAAAAUGAUGGGUAUAUGAGGCAUUCAACUUUGAUGGGUUGUUAAAAGACAAAAAAGGACUCCACAAUUUUUUGAUAUUGAAGCGCCUUGGGAGACUAAAUGUAAUACCCCAAAAAUUUCUAGAACAAUGUGAGAAAAUAAUGUUGUUAAGCCUAAUCAUAAAAUUUUCAAAUUUGAGGGACUUAAAAGAGAAAAGAAUUUGGAUAAGGAUCGGCUGAAAUUUUUUUCUUCUUUCUUUCUUCCUCAACAACGCAUUUCUGCUCUUCUUCUUCUCCCUUGCAGUCGAACAAGAAGCCAAACCACCGACACACCCACCCUCUUGAGAAACGGUAAAAGCUUGAUUCUUUCCCUUUAUUUUCUUGUUCAAGAACAAGAUUUAGAACUUAGAAAUCUUCCCCCCUACAGAAAAUUUUAAAUCUGCUUUGUUCCUUCCCCUCUGUUCGUAGCUCUUGGUUUGUGGGUGUGAAUUCUUCAGGUUUCUGAUCCCCUAAGUUCUCCUUCACUUCCCGCCGGUUUCCCCAACCCGCCAGCUCUGAUUCUACUUGCUGAAUUUCUGGUAUGUGAUAGUUCCCUCUAAGUCCCAAAAUUACCCAUUAGUUGCUGAGUUUAUCCAUUAACUGCCGCCCCUGUGCUGUCCGAAUUUUUGAUGAAAUAGAGGAUGAAUUCCGAUAGCAAUUAGAACAAAUUUAAGCUUAAUUCAUGUAGAAUUUACGUGAUUGGGUAUUAAUUGGCUGCUGUGAGGUGUUAGAAAAAAAUCUCGUAAAAUUAGCUAUUGUUUUGCCAAAGCCGGUUCCUCCAUGUUGUCCAUGAAUUUGGAGAAUUUUGUAUAUGUGUGUUAUGUACAUAUAUAUAAAUGCAUAAUCUGAUUUUUGUGCUCAAAUUUCGGAUAGAAGAAAAAUAAAGAUAAAUAAAUAAAUAAAUAAGAUUUAUUUAUGGGAUUAAUGGCUGGCAACAAUAAGGGGUUUAAAUGUUUAGUUAUAUUGAGAAUAAAAUUGAGAUGUCCAGUCAUAUGGUUAUUAAUUCUGGAAUAUUUUGGUUAGGUUUUUGAUUAUUUUGUCACCCUAGUACUUGAAGUGAAUUUUCUAUGUUAUGUAACUGAGGUAAGUAAAUUAUGGUAACACCC